UGUCUCUUUCUUGUCAACCGUAUAAAAACAAAACAUAACCUUUCGAUACGAUAAUACAGUUCAAUACAGUUGUUAAAACGCUUUUCAAACAAUCAAUAUUUGAUAAUAAAAUAACUCUUUGAUAUUUAUUUUAAUUGGUGAAAAUGGAAGAAAUGGAAUUGGGUAAUUCAGAGGAAAAAUUGCGAAAUAUGAAGAUGAAGGAGACUGAUGAUGUUGGAGAAGCAGUGGAACCUUUUGAUGAACAGAAAUCAUCAGCAAUGGCUGUUGAAAAUGAAAACAGUGAAGAAGAUAAUCUUGAAAGCAAUGAUGAUGAUAAUGAUGAUGAUGAUGAUGAUGAGGAUGAUAAUGAUGAUCAAAAUGAUGCUGAUAAUGAAAAAGAAGUCAAUAAAUUGGAGAAUAUUUUAUUGGAAAAUCCAUAUGACUAUACAAGUCAUUUGUCGUUAAUUAAAAAACUUCAAAGUAUGGGUGAACUUGAUAGACUACGUCGUGCUCGUGAAAAUAUGAGUUUGAAAUAUCCAUUAAGUCCAGAGUUAUGGCUGUCUUGGAUCAGAGAUGAAAUUAAACUUGUUGUGAGUCCCAAUGACAGACUUGCUGUUGAAAAACUCUGUGAGAGAUCUGUCAAAGAUUAUCUCUCUGUUGACGUAUGGCUGGAGUAUCUCCAAUUCAGCAUUGGCGCAAUGGGAAGCAAUGACAAAGACAAGGAUCCAAAAAAAGCAAUAAGACAAUUGUUUGAGAGAGCAUUGACUGCUGUUGGUCUUCAUGUAACCAAAGGUGCUAUUAUUUGGGAAGCUUAUCGAGAAUUUGAAAAUAUUCUUGUCUCUAUGGUCACAACUGAUGCUGAACGAAAAGAAGGAAUUGAUCGUAUAGCUGCUUUAUUUCGUCGUCAACUAGCUUGUCCACUUCUUGACAUGGAAAAAACUCUUGAAGAAUAUCUAGAAUGGCGUUCUAGUGAUGGUUCUGAUUCAUCAGUUGAUGAAAAAAUUGUCACUGCAAAUUAUUACCGUGCAUCUACUGAAUUAGCAUCACGUCUUUCUUUUGAGGAGAGAUUAGCUGCUUCCCAAAAUACUGAUAAAAUUAUUGAUAUUUACAAAGAAUAUCUCAUAUAUGAAAAACAACAUGGUGAUCCAGGUCGUGUUUGUGUACUUUACGAGCGUAUUUUAUCUGAUUUAAGUCUUGAAUCACAAUUUUGGAUUGAUUAUAUAAAUUAUGUUGAUAAAACAUUAAAAAAUGAAGAAUUAUUAUUACCAAUUUAUGAAAGAUCAACAAGAAAUGUACCCUGGUGUACAAUAAUAUGGAAGAACUGGAUUCGUUCAUUAGAAAAAUGGAAUAAACCAUUGUUAAAUAUUCAAAAUGUUCUUGAAAAUUCAUUAGUUGCUGGACUACCAACAGCCGAUGAUUAUCGAAAUAUUUGGAUGACAUAUCUUGAAUAUCUACGUAGACGUAUUGAUCCAUCAUCAGAUAAUGAAAAACAACAAAUUGAAGUUAUAAGAAAUGCAUUUAACAAAGCAUGUGAACAUCUUGCUGGUCUUGAUGGUGAUUUACAGUGUGUUGUUUUACAAUUUUGGGCAAGAACUGAAGCUGUCCAUGCUGCUGAUAUGGAAAAAGCAAGAACAAUAUGGUCUAAUAUACUUGCACAGGGUCAUUCGGCAUAUGCAUCAAGUUGGCUUGAAUAUAUAACACUUGAAAAAUGUUACGGUGAUACGAAACAUCUUCGUAAACUUUAUCAAAAAGCUCUUGUUGCUGUUACAGAUUGGCCUGAGAGUAUAACAAAUUCAUGGCUUGAAUUUGAACGAGAUGAGGGUACACUUGAACAAAUGGAAAUAUGUGAAGAUAAAAUUAAAGAUAAACUCGAUAAAGUUGCUGAAGAGAGAUUGAAAAAUCCAAAACAGGGAAAUUAUUAUCAGCAAAAUGUUGCUCAAGAACAAUUAGGAAAAAAACCGAUGAAAAGAAAAGGUGAUGAUGGAGGUAGAUCGCAAGGUCCAGCUAAUAAACAAGGAAAAAUUGAUAGAUCUAAAAAGCCAAAAGUAAAUGAUAGCUUAAUCAUUGAAAAAAAUAAAAAAACUAUUGAAGAUAAGAAACAAAAAAUUACACCACCUCCAGGAUACAUUCCUCUAGAGGAAAAAAAAUCUAAUAAAGUUCCACCACCUCCAGGCUAUGUACCUACUCAUGAGGAGAAAAGUAUUGAAAAAGUUCCACCACCUCCUGGCUAUGCUGCCUCUCAAGAAGACGAAAAAAUGGAAACAAAUCAAGAUGUUGAUGACAAAAUAACAGUAUUUGUUAGUAAUUUAGAUUAUGAUGCAACUGAAGAAGAAAUAAAAUUAGCAUUAGCACCUGCUGGCAAGGUUACACUUUUUAAAAUGAUCAAAGAUUUUAAAGGAAGAAGUAAAGGAUUUUGUUAUGUUCAAUUGGAGAAUACACAAGCUGUUGAAGAUGCUUUGAAACUUGAUAGAGUUCCAAUAAAUGGACGUCCAAUGUUUGUUUCUCGAUGUGAUCCUGAUAAAACAACAAGAGGUUGUGCUUUCAAAUAUGCAUGUGCAUUGGAGAAAAAUAAAUUAUUUGUCAAAGGACUUCCAGUGACAACGACAAAAGAAGAUCUUGAAAAUAUAUUUAAAAAAUAUGGAACAUUAACAGAUGUUCGUUUGGUAACAUAUCGCAAUGGUCAUUCAAAAGGUAUUGCUUAUGUUGAUUUUGUCGAUGAUAAAAGUGCAGGUAAGGCUGUCUUGGCAGUUGAUGGAAUGUCAAUUGGUGAUAAAAUUAUCAGCGUUGCUAUUAGUCAACCUCCUGAACGUCGUAAAACCAAUGAUGAUACAUCAACAAAAUCACUUGGUGGUACAACAACAAGCAGAACACAUUUUGGAGUACCAAAAACAUUAUUAUCAAUGGUACCACGUAAUGUUAAGCCACAAAUUAAAAAUGACUCAACAUCAUCAACAAUUCAAACUCAAUCGAAACCAAUGAGUAAUCAUGAUUUUCGAACGUUGCUUUUGAGUAAAAAAUAAUUUUUUUUUUCAAAUUAUUGUUAUUAUUUUUUCUUAAUAUUAAAAUACAUCAUAAGAUAAAUAAAAAAAAAAGAAAAGUCAUAUUUAAAAAAACAAAAAAAGAAAAACAAUAAAAAAAAAGAUGAAUUUUUAAAAAAAAUUAAAAAUGGCAAAUAAAUAAGAUGAACUAUUUUUUAUAUAUACAAAAUGAUGACAAAAAAAAAAAAAAGACGGUUGAACAAUGAUAAUUAGUUUUAAAUUUUAAA